AUGAGUUUUGUAACCAAAAUCAAGAACUAAGCACAAGAAAAAUACAAUCAAAUUAUGAAAAAGAAGAAUGAAUAAUAUCAAGAAAUGAAUGAAGAAAACAGAGGUCAGGAAAAUAAAUAGCAAGAAAAUAAAAUGGAUCAAGAAAAAGUAAUUGAUGAAUAGCCAAAAAACGAUGACUCUGCUCCUAACAAACCUGAAGAAAAGCCUAGACAAGGAACCAUUUCAUAUAUCAAGACAAAUCUAACUGCUGCAGGUGACUACCUAAGUAAUAAGGUAGUUGAGGCCUAGAAGACUGUUACACUUCAAUUACAAAAGGUGGAUAUAAGUGUGAAGUAGGCUAUAUUGAAAUAAAAAUAAAGCUUCAACAAAUGGAUAGCCCUUAAAAUAGAUCAAAGAAUCUCGAGAUCUCUCAAAUAAAUGGAAACCAAAAUCUCACUCAGUGUUUAAAAGGCUGUUCCCAGUUCAUGUUGCUUUGAUUUUGUCAAUGAUGCAGUUCUAAGUCUAUGGACGGAUGCAAGCAAUCUGAUACGUUUCGAAUUAAGAGUUAGCAUCGACGAGCCCAUAAUAACAUUAUCUAAAAGGCCAGACAAAAUCAGAUGGUUAAAGCCCUGGUAUCGAUUAAGGAAUUGGAUAUUGUAUUCCUUAUACCCAUUUGAUGUCGAGCCUGGAAAACAGUUAAGAUCUCCUUCCUUUCUAUUUAUCAAGCUUUUAUAAGUGAUACCCUUCUAUGGAAUCCAAGUCUUCACUUUCCUUAUAAUUUUCUUGGCUAUCGACAAGACUGAAGAGUAUUAAGUCGUAAAUUAUAUUUUGGAUUACAAAAACAUUCAAUUUUUUACUGCAGGUGUUCUAAAUGCGCUUAUUGGAUUUUUUAGUUACUUCUAUUGUGCAACUCUCAAACCAGCUCACGAUUUCAUCAAUGAAAAAGAUCAAGGACUCAAGUUGAAUUACUGUUUUUCUCAUGGUCCAGGUGCUGAAAGUCACUUAAUUUUAUCAUAGAUCAGUUAUUUUACCUAGGUAAUUUUGAUUUGGUGUGCAUUUGCAGUGUUGCAUAAAACAAAAUCAAGGGCAGAUUUCAUAAGUAAUGAAAUCAAAAGAUAAGAAUCCAUAAAGAGAGGUGGAAGAUUAACUGGGUUUAUGAUAUAUGAUUUAAUCUGCUUUGUGGGGACAUGUUCAUUGACUGGAUAUAUCUAUUACAAUUACUAUUAUAAGAAGGAGGAUACAUUCUAUAUGUUGCCAUAUGUCGGUAAUUUGAUAUACUUUUCGCACUUGAUGUAUGGAUUUUUGAGUCUGCCUUUUGUGAUAUUUGUGGUUCCAUUUUUUGUUAGGAUGUUCACUAGUGCCAUUCCAACUGCUUAUGAUUAAUAUGGGAAUGUGGUACCAUGCAUUAAUUAGAUGAAAUUGAAUUAUGAAGAGUUACCACUGGAAUAAUAGGAUGAGAUCGAUAUUGAGGAGGCAUUGGAGAAUUGA